AUGGCUCAAGCAUCGAGGGGUAAGGUCAGAGGGGUGCCUCCUGCUAGACAGAGCUUCGAUUGGCCAGAGCUUCCGACUGAGUUGACAAGUUGGCGGUACACCGAAGAGGCUUACCGGAUUCUGAUUGAGCCUCCGGUGGCUGGCACCCGCAGGGUACACCGAGGGACUACUCGAGAUGUUGGCCUUAUUCGAGGGUAUGAGCUUGAGGAGGGAGGCGCUGCUCAGUCUUCACGGUAUUCAGGUCCCACCUCUACCAACAGCACCGGCGACAGCAGCAGCAGAACCAUUAGUACCCCCUCUAACAACAGAGAGAAAGAGAUAGAGACCAGUGAGGCCGAGGAGGUUGUGGGUCAGCACAUCGAGUCAUCCCAGACUGAAGACGAUGAUGCUGGCUCAGAUUCUGCUAGUGGUGAUGCUGAUGCCAAUGAGGGCUCCGAGGCAAAGGGUGACGACAAUUCUGGUUUCGAUUCUGAUUCAGCAUCUGGUUCAAAUAGCGGUGCAGAUGGAGACAGCUUUAUAGAGUCCGUUCUGCCAAGGAAGAGGACGAAGAGGGCCUCUAGAGCUUGA